UGGGAUUAGAACCCGCGACCUCUGACUCCCACGCCUAUAUUUUUUUCAGAAACCUGAAAAAUGUCUGGCUUCCUCGAGAGCCUGCGUUGCUCAGAAUGCAUUGAUUGGGGAGAAAAACGCAACACCAUCGCUUCUGUGGCCGCUGGAGUUCUGUUCUUCACAGGCUGGUGGAUCAUCAUCGAUGCCGCCAUUAUUUAUCCCACCAUGGAGGAAUUCAACCACUCGUACCAUGCCUGUGGAGUCAUAGCCACCAUAGCUUUCCUCAUGAUUAACGCAGUAUCCAAUGGCCAGGUCCGAGGGGAUAGCUACAGCGAAGGAUGCCUGGGCCAAACCGGUGCUCGCAUCUGGCUCUUCGUUGGUUUUAUGCUCGCCUUUGGCUCCCUCAUAGCAUCCAUGUGGAUUCUCUUUGGCGGCUAUGUCGUUAAAGAAAAGGCAGCAGUGUACCCUGGGAUUGCAGUGUUCUUCCAGAAUGCAUUUAUCUUUUUUGGAGGAUUGGUCUUUAAGUUCGGUCGCUCUGAGGACUCGUGGCAGUGAAAACUUCCGGGGAACUUCCACAGCUUAACUUUUUGGGUUCUUUUUAACUGCUCACUCCCAGUAUUUUGCAAUACCAUUUUACGAAGUGCCGCUUUCCCGUAGAAUCUUGGAAGAGAAUCGAGAGCUCUGGAAUGGUCGGUCUUCAGACUGGGAGAGCAUCCCGUCGCUCGUCUUGUUUAAAGAAACGUUUGGCCCCGUCAGUCGAAGUGUACGUAUUCAGUUGCGAUUGGAGCGUAGAUCAUGUAAGUCAUUUGUAUCGCGUCACGACCUAAUGUGGAUUUCAACAACGAAUAGUCUAGAGACGGCCCACCUUCUGCAUCACAUCCAAGGCCAAAACCGUGGCCGAAAGCGCUUUUAAAGAUUUACCAUAUUUAUUUAAACGCGAUGUCUUCUUUGCUUGUAUUAAACGCGUGGCAUUUAAUCGCCUCAACAAACUA